GUUUCUGUUUACCCGGCAUCAACCGAAGUCUGUCAUUAAUGCAAAUAAUCAUCGAUUUCUCACAUAAUUUAGUGGUUAAAUACAUCGAUAAUGUCCCAGGAAAAGAAGAAAAUUAGACAGAGACACGAGAAGAGGGAGACUGAAGAGAAAAUCAGUGAGAAAAAUGAACAAACUGAUCGAGUGGAACCGAAAUACGGCCCAAUACCGAGAUUUCCUUAUCAAAAAGUCUGGUCCCGGAGUAUUUUGAUCCUCGGUGUCUUGCUCAUCGUCUGGUACAACAGCACCCAGAGCAAAGAAGUGUCACUUGCUCGUCAGCGAGAGGUUUUGCUCAGUCGAACGCAAAAUUUCGACUGCCCGCAGGAUUACAAGGAGGAUCUCGAUAAAUUCCCCGAAUGUGUGCCUGAAAAAUGUGGGAGAAUUGUCACUGAUAAAUUAGUAUCCACGAGUGAAACCGAUGUUCUGUUAAAAAUUGCUGUCAAUGGGAUGAAUCUGGGAGGAUCUGCUGGUGGAGCUAGUAUUCUGGAUCUUCAUAGUGGAGCCCUGAGCAAGGGAGCUCAUUUCAUUAAUAUAUUUUCACUCGAGGAGGCCAGUAGAAUAUUCAAUCCACCAGAUUUUGCUAUCUAUAAAGUUGUAAAAACGAAAAUCCAUCACGCAAUUGCUCAUCACUUUGGGGUUGAUGUUGGAAAGAUUUAUCUCACUAAACCCACGUUUUUCUCGAGAAUGACUAAUGUGUCUGCUAAGACAAUCCACGAUGAAUACUGGCUGCCUCACGUUGACAGAGUAUCUUACGAACACUUCCAUUACACAUCUCUCCUGUACUUGAAUGAUUACGAGAGGGACUUCCAAGGUGGUCGAUUUAUUUUUAUCGACAAGAAUAAUGUGAACUCCACUGUGGAGCCACGGAAGGGACGACUUCUGAUGUUCACAUCGGGCUCUGAAAAUCUCCACGCAGUGGAACGAGUGACUUCUGGUACAAGAUAUGCCCUAACAGUGGCAUUCACCUGCAACAGCGAAGCUGCAAUAUCAGAUCCUACCUUUGGAAAAUCCGUUAAAAACCCCUGAAGUCAUUCCUCCAGUCGAUUUAAUUAGUAUUACUGGCAGCAUAAGGUGCUCGAGACGAAACCUCAGUAUUACCAUCCAAUAAUUGCAUUCUAAAUUCCAGAGGUACAAAUAGUCAUUCCAUUUGAUCUAAUUAUGUUUCUGUUUUAUUCUAUUUUUAUUUGUGGAAGAUCUGAACGCGUGAAACAUUGAAUGUUUUUUUCGAAUUUUGUCUUUUUCCAUUUUACAAGAUACCUCCUCCAUUCUCCUGUUUUUUUUUUAAUGUUGUCAGAUUUUAGGAGGGUACAGAAAUUAUAAGAAAUUUCACCUCAUAAUUAUUAAAACCAAUAUAUUUAUUGUCCAAACGAUAAUAGAAAAUAAAUAAAAACAAUGUCAUUUAGAAUAAUUUUUAUUACUUUCAAUACAACCUUACAGUAUUAGAUUAGCCAUAAUAUAUUGAUAAUUCCAAGUCUUGUUUUUUUGUUUUAAUUCCACUUACCGGGUAUGCAGUGCAUAUUAAUUACGUACCUAUGCACAUUAAUUUACUCAGUUGAAGUACACAUCAUUUACAAUAAUAAAAUGAUAAUGUGGAAUGCGUAUGAAAACCGUAGACGGAGCAGAAGAGGAAAAAAAUCAAAUUUGGUUUAUUCAAUGAUCGAAUUGGCUUCCUUCCUCAAAUAAUCAAUAAGAAAUAAAUAUGUUAAUUGCAUUUUUUAUUUAUUUAUCUACACUGGGUACCUAUUCAUACAACUUAAAAAUGCGAGCUCUGUCCACCAAGCUCUCAUUCAAAAACCGUAUAAAUAUUUUUGGUAU